GUUUGUCGUAAUCGGUUGAAUGGAAUUUGAAAAAGAAUUUAUAUAUAUUUGUUAUUUUUUGAAAAAUGUUACCCAAUCCAUUGGAUUUUCAUCGCAUAUGUCGAAUAUGUUUAUCAAAUUCAGAAAAUUUUGUGAAAUUGGUCAGUUUGAGAGAAGACUUGAAAUGUUUACUUGUAUCAGUAACAGCAUUGUCUAUGAUCGUCGAUGAUGAUUUGCCUCAAAAUAUCUGCGCAUUUUGUUCACAUCAAAUUCAAUCCAUUCGUUAUUUCAUAUCAAAAUGUCAGGAAUCAGAUCGAAAAUUACGUGAAUCUAUUCAGAUAACGAUGGAUAAAAGUGAUGAGGAUACAUUUCAAAAUGAUGCUCUGAACAGUACAGAUUUUGAUAAUGAUGAUGAAAUUGAUAAUAAUCAAACAGUAAGCCCAACUCAGGAUGGAUCGAACGCUACAGGCUAUCGAACACAAUCAAAUCCAAUUAAUAAUAGUAAACAGAUAGAUGAUGCACUUUGCCACAUAGAUUCAAAAGCUUCGAAUUGCACGACCGAAAAUCCAUCUAACGAGACGUAUAGUCACAUUCAAGAGAUAUCAAUCAACAAUGCAACAAAUGUUGAAAGCAAGCCGUUAACAUUGAAAAAUGAAUGUCAUGUAUGCAAUAAAAAAUUUGCCAACGCCAUCAAUUUGGAGAAGCAUAAAGCAAUUCAUGAGAAUAGCAAAAGCAGACCAAAUUCAUAUCAGUGUACAGUUUGUGGUAAACAAAUGAAGCACAUCAAUCAUUUUAAAAUGCACAUGCGAUCACACCGAAAUCUAAGUACAAAUUCAACAAAUCCAAGCAUAGGAACGCCUGAGAAAAAGAAAGAAUUCUUGUGCUCGACAUGUGGAAAAGCGUGUACGUCUCGAAGUAAUUUGGCGGUACAUACACGACGACACACGGGAAUUAUGACAAAUUUUUGCAAAAUUUGUGGAAAAGGAUAUCCCAGAUCAACUGAUUUAACCAUACAUAUGAGAAAACACACCGGAGAAAAGCCAUUCUCUUGUUCAAUAUGUAAUCGUAGCUUUGCACGAUCAGAUAAAUUGACGAUACACAUUAGAGUACAUACCGGGGAAAAACCGUAUCUUUGUUCGUCGUGCGGAAGAGCCUUUGCUCAACGGAACGAUUUGAUUUCUCAUCAACGUCGAAAGGUGUGCGGACAUGUGCCAGAGCAGACAGACAAGAGUGCCAUUUCAUAGGAUGAAAAUUCUUUCAAUUUUUGACAAUCCUUCAACGAAACGAAUUUGUUUUCACAAAUUUCGACCUAAAAACUACUCACUAGAGAAAAAUCAAUAAAUUGAUACACAUGCAUAGUUUAAUUCUGA